AUGGAACCUACAACCUUUAAAGCCAGGCCAGGUUGUAGAUCUGGCAGCAACAUCAAUAUUGAGCUACCAAAAGCUCGUGUUAAUGCUAAAGUGAACCAAAUGGGACAAAGGAGCUUAACUCUAAUGCUUUACCUGGAAGCCAUUCAAGAGAUAUGGGAAAAACAGGGCAGACACAUGAACAAACAGAAGAGGUGGCAAAUGAUACCUAGCGGUGAAGCUUCAAAAAAUCUAGUAGAUGUUGAUGUGUUGCCAGAAGACAAGAAAAACCUAACAAAAGAUCAACCUAACCUGCUGGAGGCCCAACAAAAACAACCCAGACCCAGGGCACCUCGGAACCAGGAUGUUGGGAGGAUUACAUCUAAGAACAAACUUGUGGGCCUGAAUCUAGAGGGAGGGGAAAUCAUCGUGGACUUAGCCUCUGAAACUGAAGCUAGUACCUCAAUCUACAAUGAGGGGACUAAGGAGAAGGAAAAAGCAAAUGGAAACAAACAUCCAUUGGGAAGCAAAAAUAAAAAAGCGAAAAAGAAAGACCAUGAGAUGGGAAAAUCUAAGGUGACUGAGCACCUAAGUUUCAGGAAAGUACUCUCCCCUCAACUAAGCUUGCAUGCUGGAACAUUUGAGGAAUUAACAAGCCCUCAAAGUAGGAAGAAGCCAGGAAGUUGA